GAGGCCCGGCCGCGGGGAGGGGGGAAGUGGCCGCAGCCCCCAUCCCCACCCGCCUCCCCCGAGGCGGCGGCGGGGCGCUGAGGCCCGGCGCUGAGGCUGCCUCCAAGGCUCGUCCCGGCCCGCAGGGGACGGUCCCUUACCGGGAGGGCUUCCCCGCUGCCCCUGCUGCCGGGGGGGGGCGGGAGGGGGUUGACUGCGGCCUGGCAGGAGCCAACAGUCCCCCCCGGCGUCUCCUCCCUCCCGGCCUGCCCGUGGUGGCUUGGUUGCACUUCGAGUGGUUUAUCUCCUUUCCCCCCUUUCCCAGGGGGUGGGUACAGUAUUCCUCAUUUUCUUUUUCCCCACCUCCUCCCCCUUCCUGACACCUGUGGAAGGAGCUCAUAGAGGGGGAGAAAAGCCCAGGCAAGGUUAGCAUCUCCUUGUUGACCUUCCUUUGUUGGACAGGGAAUGGGGUGUUGUGGGUACUGGACAGAGAGAAUUGCUUCCUCCUGGUUGUUCCUGUUUUAAGGUGGGUCAGUAAAACUUUAGUAGGUUUUGCAUUGUCUGACACCAGCUGACACCUGGACCAGUGGUGGUGACACAUCAUGUGUCAGGUGGAAUCCAAGUGGUUGAAGGAUGCCCCUGGGAGAUCUUGAUAGGCACCGAAGGCCUCAAACUUUUGUAGGCGUGAAAAGUGAAGAAAUUAGAAUUGAUUGUGAAAACUCCUUCAAAGAAACUUGGUUCCAGCUUCCAAACGGCUGAGAAAAAAUCUUCUGUACUUGUACCCGGAAGGUGAGGGCAGCAGGGCUGAAACACUUCCCCUGCGAUUCACAGUUUGGAGUUGGUGGCUAUGAUCUGCUAGUAAUGGAAAGUCAUGAAAGAGACUUGGCUGUUGUCUGUUUUUAUGUGGUGGCCUAAAGUUGCAAAGGAUGACCUAGCACUUAAGAAUCAAACUGGGCCAAGUUAAAGGCCAAGCUGACUUGAAAGAACCCUAGUAGUGGGACCAGGUCAGAAGUAAAGCAAAUCCCAAACUGAGUGUAUCUGGUCAAAGAUAUAUUCUUUUUAAAAGACACUGUGUUACUGGAGCUGGGCCUGGAUCUUUUAGCAUCCAACUGAGCUGGAAGUAGCUCAUAGUUAUUUUUUGUUUUGUUUUUUUUAUUCAUGUUUGUACAAUCUUCUGGAUAUUUUUUUUCAAGAAGGAGUAAAAGGGAGUGUUGGAAACUAACAAACAGGAUUAAAACCCUGAGCGCUUAAGGAAAACAGGUUAAGGAACUUAAUCCAGGAUGGAUAUGCAGGAGCCACAGCAGUUGGGUAUGUUUGCAGAGAGUGAGCUGAUGUCUGUUGGGAUGGACACUUUUAUCCAUCGCAUUGACUCCACGGAAGUCAUCUACCAGCCACGGCGAAAAAGGGCCAAGCUCAUUGGCAAAUACCUGAUGGGAGACUUACUUGGAGAAGGGUCUUAUGGCAAAGUCAAGGAGAUGUUGGACUCUGAAACCCUCUGUAGGAGAGCUGUCAAAAUAUUGAAGAAGAAGAAGCUACGCAGAAUUCCCAAUGGGGAGGCAAAUGUGAAAAAGGAAAUUCAGCUCCUGCGACGAUUACGGCACAAAAAUGUCAUCCAAUUGGUAGAUGUAUUAUAUAAUGAAGAAAAGCAGAAAAUGUAUAUGGUCAUGGAGUACUGUGUGUGUGGGAUGCAGGAAAUGCUGGACAGUGUCCCAGAAAAGAGGUUUCCAGUUUUUCAGGCUCACGGGUACUUUUGUCAGCUUAUAGAUGGCUUAGAAUAUUUGCACAGCCAAGGGAUUGUCCACAAGGAUAUAAAACCAGGGAACCUCCUGCUAACAACCAAUGGGACACUAAAAAUAUCUGAUUUAGGCGUAGCAGAGGCAUUACAUCCAUUUGCAGAGGAUGACACAUGCAGAACGAGCCAAGGGUCGCCAGCAUUCCAACCACCAGAAAUUGCCAAUGGCCUUGAUACCUUUUCAGGCUUUAAAGUAGACAUCUGGUCAGCAGGGGUCACACUAUACAACAUUACAACGGGUCUUUACCCUUUUGAAGGGGAUAAUAUCUAUAAGUUAUUUGAAAACAUCGGGAAAGGUGACUACACAAUUCCAGAGGAUUGUGGUCCUCCACUCUCAGACUUACUGAGAGGGAUGCUUGAAUACGACCCAGCCAAGAGAUUUUCAAUACAGCAGAUAAGGCAGCACAAUUGGUUUCGUAAGAAACAUGCUCAGGCAGAGGCUCUGGUCCCCAUACCUCCCAGCCCAGAGACAAAGGACAGGUGGAGGAGUAUGACGGCGGUGCCUUAUCUGGAAGAUCUGCAUGGCUACAAUGAGGAAGAUGAUGACUUGUAUGACAUUGAAGAUGAUAUCAUCUACACUCAGGACUUUACAGUACCAGGACAGGUGCCUGAGGAAGAGGCAGGGCAGAACGGGCAGAGCCGCAGCAAAGGGCUACCCAAGGCCGUGUGCAUGAACGGAACGGAGACGGGACAGCUGAGCACCAAAUCGAAGGCAGAGCGCCGGGCAAGCGCCUCUUCCAACCCCUCCCGCAAGGCCUGCUCUGCCAGCAGCAAGAUCCGCAAACUCUCCACCUGCAAGCAGCAGUGAGGCGAGAGUGCUCGUGCUCAUCACAGUGCGUCCCAGGGCCUGGGCCAGCCUGCAUCCCACAUCCUCGCCCCAUCUCUGUGUCUUUCCUGGGAGUGGACUAUGCUUGCAAUCCAAAAACAAAAACCAAGGAAACCAACCAAGGAAAAUGCCCCCCCCCCCACCUCCCCUGCUGCCCCCUCGCUACGGACAGCAUCAGGAAUCAGAAGCUGGUGGUGGCAAGACUCUACUUACCACCCUGGAAGAAGAAAUCUCCAGCUGCAAAGAUGCUGCCCUUCCUCCCCCUAAUCACUCUUUGCCAAUCAAGACACUGAUUCUGUUUUUUAAUUUUGCGAUCGGAAGGGUGGGAUGAGCAGGGUCGGGGUGCGGUGGGAUCAGUACUCCUCUCCCCGCCGGGGUCCUGCCAUGCCCACCCUGGCUGUGUAGAAGUCGUGCAAAGCCAUUGCCGUGCACUUUAUGUUUUAGACUACUGUUAUAUAUUAUAUAUUUUCCUCUUUUUUUGUUUAUAUUUGCGGUAUAUUUAGAGAUUCCUACACAUCGUGAUGUGUUUAAAAUAAACCCAAUGAGGAAAAAAACCAGGUAUUAAGACAAAGCAAAACUCUAUUAAACCUGCAUGCUGUAAAAGGGCUCUGAAAAGGGAAUGGGUGCGUUCAUAGUCUUUUUUUUUCUUUUUUUUCUUUUUUUUUUAAGAAAAAAAUAAAGUGAAAAUGGAGAGGUG